AUGAAUGACGGUCUUGACGAGACCUAUACUCGGUCUCCACUCCCUACCAGAGUGAGAAGCGCCUGCGAAAGGUGCCGGCGCCAUAAAUCUCGGUGUGACCCCGUUCGGCCUUGCUCGGUGUGUAUUCGAGCCAAAGUUGAUUGCCGGCCACUCCCGACUGCAGCUCGGCCACGGAGAGCAAUCCCACCGAAGCGCUUAGGCACUUUAGGCACUAAGCCAAGCAGAGCUCACAUAAGUCGGCCUCAUCUCUCGCCAGUGACUUCCAGUGAACAUUCACUACCUGAGACUGUCCCUGACUGCGACUCGGCCCUACGUGACCAAGCCACACCAGAAGAUGCCCCUCCUAGAGGCGAUGAUGCUGCACUGCCUACUGGUAGACAUGGUAUGCCAUCACCCGUGAAUUGCGGGGAGGCUGAAUCGGCUAUCGGUAUUGCUCAAAGGAUAUGUGGGCUCGGUAGCCACCGCAUUGAUGAGCAAACCACCUCGGCCAUACCCGGGUAUCAGACGACCACCGAGAGCUCAGAUGCAAAUCCCUCGACGAAUAGCCAACGUGCUCCCAUAUCUCUCAUCCUAGGUCAGACAUUUCCCCUCAUAGAGCUCGUGUCUAGUCUGUUGGAAGACUAUUUCGAUGCCGUGCAUUGGUUUUCGCUCGCGAUAUACGAGCCGAAAUUUCGGAAAAGCCUGCUUUCCAUUCAGGAUGGGUGUGCAUAUCCUUCUCAGCGUCCCUUUCUUCUUUUACUCGCAAUGAUGCUUGCAAUGGCAUCGUGGUAUAGAUCUCAGAGGGGUGGCACUGAUAUGGAGGAUAAAAACCACGAGAUGAAAGCGUUGGGUGCAAACCUGCUCAAGCUUAUUGAGUCAAAUUUGGUGGAGUUGAUGGAUGCACCUUCAAUCACCGCCGUUCAGACGUGUAUCCUGUUGGGAUCCCAUCACGUCUAUCAUGGCCGACCAAACCUUUCCUUUUCCUUGCUGGGUGCGACUAUCAAAAUGUCUCAGUCAUUAGGAAUGCAUCGAGGAACUCCACGAGGAGAUGUUGAUGAUAUCGAAGAAAGAAAAAGAGUUUGGUGGACAAUAUACACAUGGGAUAGAUUUGCUUCUAUCACGUAUGGCCGACCCCUGGGCAUAAAUGACAAGGAUUGCAAUCUCAACAUGCCAUCGGACGUGGUCGAAAACCCCAAGUUUGUUGAUCCGUCCUCGGGACAGACCAACGCUAUAUGCUAUUCUACCUACCAAAGGGAGUUGAAUCAGCUGUACUUGAUUGCGUCGCCUGCUCUCAAAACUGUGUUUGGUUCACGGACUUUGGGUACAUCUGAACAACUCAAUGGCGAUGCAUAUUUUGCUUUGGUCGGCCAAAUCACACGGAAUCUGCAGAGAUGGAGGUCCUGCCUACCAAAACAUCUGGCAUUGGAUCUUGAUCAAGACUUCAAUUCCAAUGGCGGACCAACCUCGAGAGCUUACGCAUUACAAUCCCUAUCUCUUCAGUUAACAUAUGACAAUGUUCUCAUUGUGUUACACCGACCCUUGCUAGCACGACAGGUCGAUCACCUUUAUACCACAGACAAUCGAUCACCCCAGGAGAGCGAAACAAACACUCCAAUGUACCAUUCAACCACUUCACCCUCCAUGACACAACCAAAUGCAUCUGCAGAAUCCGCAAACCGACGUACUCAUACUACCAGCUCGGAGUUCUGGAUGCAUGCAGCAACAAGGAUAUCGAGGGUGACAGAACUGCCCGCUCUUGCCCAACUAGCUACCGACAGCCACCUCGUUGCAUUUCUUGCGAUCAAUCUUUUCAAUGCUGCAAUUGUGUUGGCUGUGAUGGCUCUUUCCGAGCCUCUUUCUGAUACCGCACAGGAAGUGAAACGAACAAUUACGCGGAUUCUACGUUUGCAAGAUUUGCUCGGAAGACGGUCCGCCUUGUCAAAACAAAGCACUGCUGUGCUGAAGAAUGUUGUGAUAAUGCUCCUCCGCCGAGAAUCAGCUGCCAUGCUAGCUCCUAUUACUGGGAACAGUCAGGUGAUGGGUCAAAUGCCGAUUCAUUCAUUAACAGACCCAUCUUCAUUCUCCGUGGAAGACACGCUUCGGAUGCCGCUCAAUGCAGCAUUGGAUCUUCGCAAUCCCCUCAUUGGGGACCAAAGACUGCCGGAUCUUAGCAGGGCUGAUCGACUGACCGAUAGCCUGACGUCUGUUCAACAUGCGUUGGGCCCGGUGGAACUUUAUGCCUAUCCCUCCACACAGGCUCAGGACGCUCCAUACCAAGAGCCUGAGAUGGGGAUUGAAAGCAACAUUCUUGGGCAACCAACUGAGGAUUGGAGCAUGUCUGGUUUUCCUCGUCCGGUCGCAGAAGACACGUACCAGGACAACAUUGAGGGAGGACUGUAUUGGUUAUGGGACAUGACGUGGAACGAGACCGAAAGAUGA